CUUGCUCAUUGCUUCCCACCGUGGGAUCUCUAUAACAAUAUCAUCUCCAUCCAUCCCAUCAUGUCCCCGAUUCUGAAGAGAGACUUCAGCGAGCACGCCCGUCAAGCACGUCGACUGGCAGCCCUCAUCACGGGUGAUCCCCCGCACUUGGACCCACUCGAUCAGGCCUCCAACUCGUUAUCCACCCAUUCCCAAGACAUAGAGCUUGAGCCUACUCGAGCGUACGUCACAUCAGCCAGUCCUAGACCUAUGGAAGAGGAUGAUCCUGGUCCUUCGAAGCUCCUACAUGUCAGUCGUGAGGGAAGGAGGGAUAAGGGGAAAUGGAGAGCCUCAGAUGAGAUACCGCCUCAUGUGGGAUUGGGCAUAAGAGUAUCACAUGGAUUGGGAAAUGAGGACGUUGAUGAUGAUGGAGAGACUGAUCAUAUGCUCAGUAAUGGACAUAGCAUGGAGGGAACCGUUGACAAGGGUUCUGGGGUGACGAAACUACGGGAUCUCUCAUCACUCCUUUUUGAAGCUACACCUUCACUUCUCAUAAGUCUAGUCGGUCUUGUUUUCACCGGUGAACUUUUAGAACAUCUAGCCAGAUGGACAGUCUUUCGAAGAGUUGACGAACUCUUCAUCCUAGUACCUAUGGUCGGCAAUCUGAAUGGAAAUAUCGAAAUGUGUUUGUCCGCCCGAUUAGGUACUUCAGCCAAUAUCGGUGAAUUGGACAAACGACAUACCCGACGUGGACUUUUAUUGGCCAAUCUCACUCUUUUAUGUUUACAAGCAUUACUCAUUUCGGCCAUAGCUGGAUUCCUGAGUUUUCUUCUUGGUUUAGCGACUGUUCAUAGAUUGGGUGAUACACCACCUGUAGGUACAUCUGGAAAUGGGACGUUGGUGGAGGGUGAUCCUGGUUUAGCGGUUGGAGAGCAAGAUUUUCGAGAAGGAUACACAAGACCGGGAUGGCAACAAUUGACCAUGGUUUUAGCUACUGGAAUGUGUUCAGCAGGUAUAAGCGCUGCUGUUCUUGGAUCAUUUAUGAGUAGCGUUGUUGUUAUUUCUCGUUGGGCGGGUGUAGAUCCAGAUAACAUAACUCCACCUGUAGCAUCUUGUGGUGGAGAUCUCUUGACUUUAUUCAUUCUUGCUCUUCUGGGAUCUGCGUUGGUGGGAACGAUGAAUACACCAUUACCAUUGAUAGCUGUGGUGGUGAUGGUAGUAGCAGCUGCGUGGUUUACGAAAAGGGUGAUGAGAAAUGAAUGGGUAAAGAAUGUCGCUAAAGGGGGUUGGGCACCUCUGAUCGGAGCUAUGCUCAUAUCAAGUGGAACGGGUAUGGUGUUGGAUAGAGGAGUCAGUAAAUAUCGUGGUUUUGCUCUUCUUGCAAUAUCCAUGACCGGAUUGACAGGUUCCAUCGGUGCCAUUCACGCUAAUCGUCUUUCCACAUCUCUUCAUACCCGUCUCCAUCCUCAUCAUCCUUCUGCAUCAUCACAUUCACCUCCAAGAGGUUUAUCAGCUUUACAAGGUGGUACAACCCUUUUCUUCCUCGCUUUUCCAUGUUUAGCUUGUUUCCUCUUUUUUGUAGAUUGGGCAGGAUGGAUUGAUCUUAGUCUUGGUUGGGCAGGUUGGGUUUCUUAUGCACUCACCACUGGUAUAUCACUUUGUAUUGCUCAUGGUCUUACUUUGUAUUUCUGGUCUAGAGAUCUUGAUCCUGAUUCGUACACUUUACCAAUCCAGAGUGCUGCGGUCGACUUUAUCGGACAACUCUUGCUUAUGUUAGCAUACGAAAUAUGUAUUCUUCAAGGAAAAGAUGUUUUAGUACAUGAUAUCCCUCUUCCUGGAACAUGAUUCCUUCUCCAUACCUUAUCAUUAUCACUCAUACGACAUACGACUAGAAUGAUCAUUGCACAUAUGCAUACAUUAUUGCAUCUUGC